GUUCUUCCGGGAAAAUGGCGACUCCCGCUCGUGCCCCGGAGUCCCCGCCGGUCGCGGAUCCGGCGCUAGCCGCGGGGGCUGCUGAGGAAUCCGAGUGCCCGCCGCCUCGCCAGCCUCAGCCCCCGCAGAAUGUCCUCGCUGGCCCGCGGCUUCGAGCCCCAAGCUCCCGAGGACUUGGGGCGGCGGAGUUUGGCGGAGCUGCAGGAGAUGUUGAAGCGCCAGGAGAGACUUUUGCGCAACGAAAAAUUCAUUUGCAAAUUGCCCGACAGAGGUAAAAAGAUCUUAGACUCUUUUGCCAAACUGAAAGCUGCCAUUGCAGAACGUGAAGAAGUUAGAGGAAAAACUGAACUGUUUCAUCCUGUUAGUUUAGACUGUAAGCUAAGGCAAAAAGCAAUUGCAGUUGUUGAUGUGGACACAGAUAAGGCCCAGAAUUCUGACCAGAUACUUGAUACUUCGUCUCCAGUUUGUGGCUGUUCCUCUCUAAGUAACUUCAAGUCGUCUGAAACAACCUCACAACCACAUCCUACUCACAAAGGCGAUGAAGAGGCUCCCGAGGUUGAGGACACAGUGAGCAAGUGCCCGGUUCCCAGUAGCAGAGCGAGUGUGCCUUCCUCUUCUGAAGCUGGUGAGCGUCUCCCUCAGCGUCGUGUUUCAAGUCAGGCAGAAGAUCAUUCCAGCAGCUCGGACAACCUGUUUAUUGAUAGGUUACAAAGGAUCACAAUUGCGGACCCAGGUGAACAGCAUUCAGAACAGGACAGGAGUGCUGAGAACUUGGCAGGGCUUUGUCGUGGGGCACAGAAGAAGCCUCAUUACAUGGAAGUGCUAGAAAUUCGAGCCAAGAACCCAGUGCCCCCACCACAUAAAUUUAAAACUAAUGUAUUACCUUCACAACAAAAUGAUUCAUCUAGUCAUUGGCAGAGAACAAGGUCUCCCAUUUCCUUGGAAGAAAGGCGGCUCAGGGAUAAGAAGCAUCUUGAUGACAUCACAGCAGCUCGGCUCCUGCCACUUCACCAUAUGCCCACACAGCUGCUCUCCCUGGAAGAAUCUGUGGCACUUCAGAAACAGCAGAAACAGAAUUAUGAGGAGAUGCAAGCCAAGCUCGCGGCACAGAAAUUAGCUGAAAGGCUUAAUAUAAAGAUGCAGAGCUAUGAUCCGGAAGGGGAGACUUCGAGGAAGUACCGAGAAGUAAGGGAUGAAGAUGAUGAUCAGUCCUCUGGUGAGGAGUUCUGAAGACGGGCAUUGGGAUAAUGCCUGAAUCUCUGUCUGCUGAGAUGUCAUGGUCACAUCAGACUUUCUAACAAGUAUCAAGAUCAGUGUCAGGCAUUGUUGAGGGAAGGAAUUUUAUAAAGUUACACAAAGGUAGCUAUUAAAAGAGCCCAGUUUGUCUUUCAGGAGAGGACUUUGAUGUGCUUAAGAAGUUCAAUAUUUGAAUAUUGUGUUUAACCAUAUUGUAUUAAAGUUCUGCAGUAUGCUGUGUGUUGGUCUGAUAUUUUAGUACAUAGUAAGCACGGUUUUAUUUUCCUCUAAGCCAAAUGAAAGCGGGUAACUGCUCUUUUCCUUAUUCUUACCUCUGUGGAAUAGCAUUUAUUACAUGUCUUUCAGUGAAAUAUUUGGUUGCCCCAGGCAUCACCUAAAAUGAAUUAGGAAGAUAAAGUUCCCUCCUUUUUUGAGUAAGGAAGGGAGCAGUCUAGAGAAUUUUAUGCAUGUUUGCAUGGGGUUGAGGUAUUGGAUGUGAAAUACCUAGGAAGGCACUCAUAGAAAAUUCUUAAAUGUUUGUUUCCUUCUUCUGUCUUCCCUUUAGGAAGAAUGUUCUCUUUCUUCUCAUUAGGAAUAAGGAGUACUUUUAGUUGAUGCUGGAGGGUGGAGGAUCUUUCUGGAUGGUCAGAUUUGCCUGGAGUAACACAAGAUACAGGAAAAGUCUAGGGUGACUGUGUAGGGGAAGGGAAUAGCUGUUCUUAGGCUUGCCCUAAGAGGUGACCAGUUCAGUUUGGUAAGAACACCAUUUUUUUUUUUAAAGCGACAAUUGAAUUUUCAACACAUAGCUUCCCUCUCCCCAGCCCUGCCCCAAAGAAGCAUAUGUAGACUACAGAAAUCUCAAUCCCAUAUGUAUACAUGUUUAUGUAAUUUUGAAGGAUUAUGUGGAGAUUUCUUUGUUUACUCUGUUGGAGCCUUUAAACAGUGUUGAAAGGAAGAAUAAAAUAAGAGCAUCUUCAUAAUGUUAAUGGUGAUGUUUUACUGGUGCUUAAUUAAAUUUAACUUGCUUUAAAAGAGACUUUCAUAUAUGAACUUUUCAUGAAGACACAUUGAGGUGUGUGAUAGGAAGGGCUCAGUUCUCUAUCACGGACAUACGGGCACCGCUACUGCUUUCCGUCCCCUUCUACCCCUCCACCCCCCCCGGCAAAUAUAGAAAUACCCUAAGGUAACAAAUUCAUUAUUUCUGCUUUCAAAAACUAACAGUAAAUGGAUUUUGCAACAUAAAAUUAUUCUUUAGAGAAUAAAAUAAUACACUUUUGGAAAGCCAGGUAAUACGGAAGGGCUCACGUGCAUGUACACACAGUCCCCUGUAUUCGUAUCACCUAGAGAGAGCCUCUGUUAAGGUUUGGGUAUAUUUUGCUUUUACAUACUUUUCAAUGCAUAGCUAUAUGUUUAUAUUUUCAAUAAUGCAAUCAUACUGUACGUUGUUUCAUAGUCUGCUCUAUGUAUUGUGAACAUUUUCCAUGUUAGAUAUUUUGCAUUUUAGAUAGCUACAAUUCAAUUUUAUGGGUGUACCAUAACUUGCGACACCAACUUAUUGUUUAAGAACUUGACUGUCAGUUACAAUGUAAACUGUAAACAGCAAUGUGAUCAACAUCUUAAAAGAUAAUCACAUUUGUACAAAAAUGAUUUAUUUCCGGAAGAUACCUUUCUAGAAGUGAAAUUGUUAGCUGGAAGUGUAGGUACGUUUGAGAGUCUUGAUGUACAUCACUCACCAUAAAGGUUGUGUCCCUUUAUGUACCUGCUAGCAAUAUCAAACUCCCAGAACUGAAAAUUGCUGUUGCAAGUGUUUGCAAAUUGAAUAAUUACGGGAAAGGAUUAUUUUUAAAAUUUGUAUUUCUUUGAUUACUUAAUGAAGGGUGAGUGUUUUUUUCAUGUUUGUUGACCAUUUAUAUUCAUUGUUUUGAGCAUUGCUUAUUCAUAACUGUAAUUCCUUUGAGAGAGUGCUGUUUUUAUUGGUUUAUAAAUUCUUGAUGAAUUAAGAUGUCCAUCUUUUGUCAUAUGUUAUUGUUUUAGGUGUUACUUUCUUUUUAAUACAGUUUGUGGUGUUUCAGUGUAGAAGUUUUCUUUAGGAGUCUACCUUUGCAGUUACCCUUGGGAGUGCCUUCCCUACCCCAAGGAUGGAAUGUAUUUGUCCUUAUUUUCUAGUACUUUUUUAAAAUUUCACUUUUACAUUUACAUUAAUUCAAAAGGAAAUUUUUAAUCCAUCUGAAGUUUAUGUGGGGAUAUAUGAAGUAAGAUUUAAUUUUAAUUUUUGCAAAUAGUUGACCAGUUGGUUCAGCAUCAUAAACCAUCAUUUCCCCAUUGAUUUGAAAUGCUGUCAUAAAAUAUGAAAUUCCCAUGUGUCUUUUGUGCUAUGGGCCUGCUUACGGGCCUUCCAGUUUUUCCUGCACUAUUUUAAUAAUUAUGGAUUUAAUCAGCAUUAAUAUUUGGUAUACAAUUUCUCCCUCAUUCUUUUAAAUUCUAUAAACUAUAACCUACAGAAAAGUACCUAAAACAGGCAUGUAGUUUAAUGGGUAAAGCAAACAGUUAAGUAAUCACAAACCAGAUGCAGGAAAGCUACUGCUAGGACUCUGGAAUCUCCCCAAGUGUUCCCUAUUGACACCCUAUAUAUACCCCAGAGGUUUCAACUAUCCUGACUUUAUAGUAAUACUUUCCCCCUUUUAAAAAAUGGUUUUUACCCAUCGAUGUAUGCAAUAAUAUGGUUAUGUUGUUUUGCCUACUCUGGCCUGAUACAGAUGGAAUCCUACUGUAUGUGUGUUUGGUGUUUUUGACUCAACAUUGUUUAUAAAAUUCA